UUCUGAGUUUGCUGUCCGACAGCCGCUCCUAGGUUCUCUUCCCCAUGCUUUUGUCACGUACUUGUUGCAAAUAGAAGAAAAUCCAAGCUGGGUUCCUUCUUUCUUCUUCCUUUCAUCAUUCCCCCGUUUGAUCUCCAAUAAUGCUGAGGAAGAAAAGGCAGCCCCGUCCAUUGAUCUUCUUGUUGUUUGUAUUGAAUGGCACCUCUUUUUGGCUGUCACUUUGCAGCUUCGUUAAUGGUUCUUCUUCUUCUAGGCCCUUUCAGCUUACCCAUCCUUGGUCUCCAUCUUCUCUCAACCUUGAAGGACCCCCGCGUGAUGAUGCACUGAAUCUUCUGGCAUUCAAAUCCAAUGCCGAUUCCAAGAACAAACUUUUAUUCUCUUCCAAUGCGACCUCUCAUUUCUGUCAAUGGCAAGGGGUCAAAUGCGCCAAACAUAAAGUUGUUCGCCUCGUCCUCGAAGGUCUAGAUCUGUGUGGUGUUCUCGCUCCCGACACUUUGUCACGACUUGACCGGCUCCGAGUUCUGAGUUUGCAGAACAACUCUCUAACCGGAACCAUUCCCGACCUCUCCGAACUCUUCAACCUCAAAACUCUGUUCCUCGAUCAUAACUUGUUCACGGGUUCUUUCCCGACUUCCAUCUUGUCCCUCCCUCGGCUACGUACUAUAGAUAUCUCUUACAACAACCUUACCGGAAUGUUGCCGUCCAGGUUGGCUGCCCUUGACCGGCUCUACUACCUCCGUCUCGACUGGAACAGGUUGAAUGGAACGGUUCCUGCGCUUAGGCAGUCGUCCCUCCAAAUCUUCAACGUCUCAGGAAACAACCUCUCGGGUCCCAUUCCAGUUACACCAACUCUGAUACGCUUCAGUCCUUCCUCGUUCUCAUGGAACCCCAAUCUCUGCGGCGAGAUCAUAAAAAAAGUGUGCCAUCCCGGCCCACCCUUUUUCGGUCUGUCGGCACCUUUUGCGGCUCCGCCUCCCUCGUCGGUGCUCGGUCAAAGCGCGCAAGUACACGGGUUGGAGUUGACUGCUGAUCACGAGGCGUUUCAAAAGAAGAAGCACAAGAGAACCGCCGUGAUCAUGGGGUUCUCGGUAGGCGUUCUGGUCCUCAUCUGCUCGCUCAUCUGCUUCGCCACAGCCGUGAAGAAAGGCGGCAGGAACAACAAAGAUUCCUCGUCGACGCCCGUAAUGAUCAGUUCGGUGGACACGGCAGCCACGGCCGAGGCCGCGGCGGUGAUGCAGACAGAGCAAGAAAAAGAGCUGGAGGAGAAGGUGAAGAGAGUGCAGGGAAUGCAAGUGGCAAAGAGUGGGAGCUUAGUGUUCUGCGCGGGGGAGGCGCAGCUGUAUACGAUGGAACAGCUGAUGAGGGGCUCAGCGGAGCUACUUGGGAGGGGCACCAUUGGUACAACCUACAAGGCAGUGCUCGAUAAUCGGAUGACAGUGAGCGUGAAGAGGCUGGAUGCCGGAAAACUAGAUCAGAGCACGAGCAAGGAGACGUUCGAGCGGCACAUGGAAUCAGUGGGAGGACUGAGGCACCCGAAUCUGGUUCCUAUGAGAGCGUAUUUCCAGAACAAGGAAGAAAGGCUUGUGGUUUAUGAUUUCCAAAAGAAUGGCAGUCUCUUCUCCCUCAUUCACGGUUCAAAAUCAAGGAGGGCAAAGCCACUGCAUUGGACAUCAUGCUUAAAAAUAGCAGAGGACGUAGCACAAGGCCUCUCUUACAUCCAUCAAGCAUGGAGGCUAGUCCAUGGCAAUCUCAAGUCCUCCAAUGUUCUCCUCGGUCCUGACUUCGAGGCAUGCGUGGCCGACUACUGUCUCUCUGUCCUCGCCAACCCGUCCUCCGACCCCAACCCCGAUCCCGACUCCACUGCCGUGUACAAAGCACCAGAAACUCGCAACUCGGUUCGCCAAGCAACCUCCAAAUCCGACGUGUACUCAUAUGGUAUCCUGUUGCUAGAGCUUCUAACUGGCAAGGCUCCAUCACAGCUCCCAUAUUUGAUGCCCAAUGAAAUGGUAAAUUGGGUAAGAUCCAUGAGGGAAGAGGAUGAUGGUAGGGUAGAUAAUAGGAUGGAAAUGCUUCUUGAGGUGGCCAUAAGUUGUACCCUCAGCUCCCCUGAGCAGAGGCCCACUAUGUGGCAAGUAUUGAAGAUGCUCCAAGAGAUUAAAGAGACAGUAUUAAUGGAGGAUAAUGAAUUGGACCCACAUUAGGAGAUCAUGUCCUGGUUAAUAUGAUUUGUACUAGCUAUUCCACGAGUUAUGCAUAGAAAAUAGAAAAAAUAUAUAGAGAUGACAACAAGUGCAAUGUUACUUUUGCUUGA